AGUGGAUGGAUCACCUAAGGUCAGGAGUUCAAGGCCGGCCUAGCCAACAUGGCAAAAACCCAUCUCUACUAAAAAUACAAAAAUUAGCUGGGCGUGGUGGUGCACGCCUAUAGUCCCAGUUACUCGGGAGGCUGAGGCAGGAGAAUCACUUGAACCUGGGAGGCAGAGGCUGCAGUGAGCCAAGAUCGGGCCACUGCACUCCAGCCUGGGCAACAGAGCGAGACUCUGUGUCAGAAAAAAUGAAAAACCAGCACCAGCCUGAAGAGCCUGUGUAUUGCGUGGGGUACUUUCCUGCCCUUGGGCAGAAUCUGCAUCCCUCCCAGCCAGCAGGCACUGCGGACCAUCUCCUCCCUCUCCCUCCAGGCUCCUGUUUUCUCACCGUUCCCACUCCUGCUGCACCAUUCCCUCUGCCCUCCUUUCCCAGUGCCAGGCUGUGGCCACCUCAGAGCUUGCACCGACUGUUCCCACUGCCUGGAACUUGCUCGUCCUGCACUUGGCUUCCCUUGGCUUCAGCUGGAGUGUCACCCUGAGCGUCCCCUCCCCUCCAUCCUGUCCCCAGGGACACACGCUCCAAGAGAGCAGUUGCCGAGUGGGCCUUCCCGCCUCUUUCAUAGAGCCAGACAGUUGGCGGCUGUCCUUACUGCAAACCCUGGUUCACACUGGCUCCCCUGGGAGGGAGGUGGUUUGGGCCCACAUGCCCUGUGUUCCUGCUCAGAAUGGGUGUUAGAGAUGCCGCCAUAGCCUGUGCCGCUUCAGUGGAAGCAUUUUUAGGAAACGGCUUAUAUCUUAAGACAAACUUCAGAUGCAUGGGGCCAGAACGCUGUGUCCAUCUAUAUCUUUGCUGAGGGAUCAGGUAGCCUGGAGUUUGCCCUCUGCUGUGUUGGCUUGAAGCUCAUAGGAGACCUAAGAUGGGCUCUCGAGCAACCAACGUUCUGUCCUUUGCCAUAGACUGUGAAGCAUCCUGUGUGUGUGAAGCACCGGCCGUCAGUCAAGUAGGCCCGGUGCUUUCUCUCAGAACUCAUCAAAAAUGUCAGUUAUGGGCAGUGUCCGCCCAGUAGCCGGACAGCAUAGCCACCUGCGUGCUGGAGCCCCCGUCCUUCCCAGGCCCUGGGCCUGCUUUGCAAACCCCAGCAUGGCAGGAUCCUCUCCAGGCAACUGGCUGCAGCUGCAUGUGACCCAUGGGAGACAGUGCAGGGCGGGAAGAAGGGGGGCCAGUGUCUCUCCCUCACUCUGCCUCCUGGGGUUUACACAGCAGCUGCUUCUCUGGGGCCCCAGCUCCUAGCAUGUGGAUUCUCAUUCCUACCAAGCUGGCCCAGCCCACAGCACUGGAACCCUCACCCACACCCUCUCUCCUGCCCCCCGAAGGGUUUGGAGUUUCCUGCUCUUGUCCGUUUCUGGGUUGCCCAACAGGCCCCUUUUAGAAGUUUUAGCUCUUGCCAUACCUUUGGAACUAGUUCCUCUGGUGAAUUCUCUGCAUUGAUCCUGCUGGAAUGAUCUCUUUCCUGACUGAUAUAGGAUGGAUUUUAUUUUUUACUUAUUUAUUUAUUUUUUUGAGACAGAGUCUCACUGUGUUGCCCAGGCUGGAUUACCGUGGCACAAUCUCGGCUCACUGAAACCUCUGCCUCCUGGGUUCAAGCAAUUCUCGUGCCUAGCCUCCUAAGAAGCUGGGACUACAGCACGAGGCUGUCCACACGGAGACUUUGGAUGAGCUGUACGAGGAGCUGGCGGAGACCCUGAUGGCCGAGGAGUCCACCCAGGGCCACCGGAGCUAUUUGCUGGCCUCAGGGGGCUCGGUCAUACUCUCCGAGAGCACGGCCAUCAUCUCCCAUGGCACCACGGGCCUGGUCACAUGGGAUGCUGCCCUCUACCUUGCAGAAUGGGCCAUCGAGAACCCGGCAGCCUUCACUCACAGACGUGCUGUAUUGCCCAGAAGCCAUCGUGUCGCUGGUCGGGGUCCUGCGGAGGCUGGCUGCCUGCCGGGAGUACAAGCAGGCUCCUGCGGUCUAAGUGGUCUUCACUGUCCACAACCCAGAGACGGUCCAGCUGUUUACCACGGAGCUAGGUCAUCAGCUAUUGCUAGCGUUAGUGUAUUUUAUGUGUGGCCCAAGGCGAUUCUUCUUCUUCCAGUGUGGCCCAGGGAGGCCAAAAGAUUGGACACGCCUCAUAUACACGGCCGGGCCGGGAUCAGAUGGGAAGCAGAAGCUCAUCAUGACCAGAAACUGUUUCCCUAUGGAGAGCACUUGGAGAUGGCAAUGCUGAACCUCACACUGUACGACUCACACACGACUCCAAUGUGAUUGUAAGAAUCAUGUCACCCUCGUGGAAAGAAUUUUUAUAUGGGAAAGCGGAUAAAAGUUUCAUUGGACUAGAAUGUUUGAAGAAUGUUAAAUUCCAAGUCAGGAACCACAAACUGCCCUCUAAUAAGACAUCGGCUAUCUAAGCAUGUGGGUGCCCCCUUUCUGCCAGCAGUUCUGGUUCUUAAGAAAAUCACCAUAAAUCAGACAUGAAAAUUCUGGCUCCAAAAACAGCAUUUUCUUUGUGCAACUAAAAACGUGUGUAUCAAGUAUGACGUUCCCCCAAGGUGGUCACACUCGGUUCCUCAGAAAGCCAAGCCCGCUGCAGCUGCCAUUUCCCUGGACACACUCAGUUCCUCAGAAAGCCAAGCCCGCCACAGCUGCCACAUCCCUAGACACACUCGGUUCCUUACAAAGCCAAGUCCGCCGCAGCUGUCACAUCCCUGCACACACUGUUCCUCACAAAGCCAAGCCCGCUGCAGCUGCCACAUCCCUGGGCUUAUGGUGCAGCAGGUGCUUUUUUGAAGGCAGGAAUCAAAGUGUUAGGAACACGGCAGAAAGGUGACACCUGGAGACCAAAUACAGGAUGAGGAGUACUGCAGGUCACAGAGAAGUCACAGAACAGUAAUACGCUAGCAGGGGCAUGAGGCGUGAAGAACAGAAGAAGACAGGAAGCGUUUCCGAGCCUCCAAAGAAAUCAGGGCCAACCUCAGCUUCCCGGGUCACAGAACCAAUUCAUUCACCAGGCGGCACCACUGCCGUCAUUUCAGUUUCUGGCCACUGGGAGGCGCCGCUCGAAAGGGUUUGCCCUGAGACUCCAAGAAGAAGCUGCGGGAAGGACAGCAGGUGUCCUGGGGUUUUAACCUCUGGCCCAGGAGUUAUGUGUCCGUAACCAAAGGGAGUACAGUCUGCACCCAGCUCUCAUCCCAUCAGAGCUACUGCGACUCACGCAGGUUCUUCCGGAAAUGGUUUAGCUUGCCUGCAGGAUCAGGAAAGUUUGAGAAAAGCAUCUGCAAAAUACUAAAGAGCAGAGCUUACUUCAUUGCCUGUCCCCACCCCAUCCCAGGUCACCACCUGGCUGACCCAAGGUUCCCGACCCAACAACAACCCCUCCCAAGUCCCUAACUCCCUCACUUGGACUUGAAACCCUUCACACCCCAGCAGCGCUCCGCCUCCAACUUGACAUCAUGCUUUCUGGAAACUACCCCGUAUGUCCCACUUUCCCACACUUGGUGCCCUGGAGCACCUUCCGGCCUCUACAUGCUGUACGUUCCCCUGUGAGCACCCUCCUGUCGGCCUCUGGCCAACACAGUCCCACCCAUCUGUGGGCAACAAGGGGGUGUCGGUGUUCUUUUCAGCCUUGCUAAACUGUCUGAAUCAAGGAUCACAAACUACAGCCUGCAUGCCAAAUCCAGCCCACAGCUUGUUUCUAAAUAGUUUUAUUGGAACAAAGCCACACCCCUUAAUCUACAGAUGAUCUGUGGCUACUUUCACACCACAACAGAGUACCAUGGUUCUGACAGAGACUGGGGGACCUAGUCUAAAUGACUUCCGACCUGGAUCUUUACUGAAAAUCCUCCGAAUCAUUCUGUUGACAAGAAUGAUGUAUUACGUUUUGCAAGAAGAAACAAGUAACCUUUGCAGAAUUCCACCCAUCUUUCAAGGCUGGUCCCAGAAGCUCCCUUUGCCCGCCUACCUACCUGAUCCUGAUCACAUCCUAAACUGCAGCCUGGCCCACCUGGCUCCAGCAUCAUUUGUGGAGUGUAAGCUCCAUAAAUCCAGAGGGCAGGUGGAGGUGUGUCCUAACUUUCCCAAGCCUACUGUACCAAAAUGGGACAGCAGAGUAGGCCAACCUCUGUGACUUCUGCUCCCUCCCUAGCUUUUCCACCAGAGCCCGCAUGGUCCCACCCUGGCUGUGGGAAGCAGGGAUCAGGGAGCAUGGCUCGGUGCCAGUCUCCAGAACCCUGCCCACCCUGGCGUGGUGGCAGACAUGGCUACCUGCAGCUGAGCUGCCAGUACCUCUGAGUCCUCAAAGACCAGGCCAUUUUCUACAUGUUUCACCAGCUCAUGUAAACUGCAAAGAGAACCAAGGGAGCCUGAGAGCUGCCUAGAGAAGACACAAGACCCCUGGAGUGCCCAACUGGGCUCCCAUCCACCCCACGCUGAAGCCAGGCUGGGGGUUGGAACAGGGGGUGUGGUUUCUGGGUGCUGGUUCUUAGAUUUGGCAUCUGAAGGGUUUAAAGGUCUGGGGGGGCUGCACAUCAAAAUGGCCAAACUGAUUUGAGGAGGGAGCCUUAAGGAGGGUUUGUACCUUCUGUGCUGGAUGCUCUUCAAGGACUGAAGAAUUAUUUUUGCAUGUUUUUCUUAGUUUCAUGGCCAUGGAACAAGUAAAGGCAAGCCCCUGGGGACGGGCUCAGCACAUAAAA